GGGAGAAAGGCUAGGGAGGCAGCCGUGGCAGGUGUCUGAGGGCUGGGUGGAGCUGUUGUGUCUAGGGCAGGAGCAGCGCCCUGGGCGCCCUGGCCACUCUCGGCUGUGCAUUGAAGUCGGGCUGUGCCUGUAUCCUGAAAAACCGCUUGCUCCGGGUUGAGUUCCCCUCUCUUUGCAAGGUUCUUCGUAAAACGUUUAAUGAUCCAUAAAUGAGACGACACAUUGUCACUGUCGUGUGAGAAAAUUGGAAAGAUUCAGCUUCCCAGUGUAUGGGUGUUGUGCCAGAUUUUGGCUAUGGCUCACCUGAGGGAAUUUGCUAAUCAGCACUCCCGGGUUGAUCCAGAAGAACUAUUCACCAAGCUGGAGAGAAUUGGUAAAGGCUCCUUUGGGGAGGUGUACAAAGGAAUUGAUAACCGUACCAAGGAAGUGGUAGCUAUCAAGAUAAUUGACCUGGAGGAAGCAGAGGAUGAGAUUGAAGACAUCCAGCAGGAGAUAACUGUUCUCAGCCAGUGUGACAGCCCCUACAUUACUCGUUACUAUGGUUCCUACCUGAAGGGUACCAAGCUGUGGAUAAUCAUGGAGUACUUGGGAGGUGGCUCAGCACUGGAUCUUCUUAAGCCUGGCCCCUUGGAGGAGACCUACAUUGCCACUAUCCUAAGAGAAAUUCUAAAGGGUUUAGACUACCUUCACUCCGAGAGGAAAAUCCACCGAGACAUCAAAGCUGCCAAUGUGCUGCUUUCGGAGCAAGGAGAUGUGAAACUAGCUGACUUUGGAGUGGCUGGUCAACUGACAGACACUCAGAUCAAGAGAAACACCUUUGUUGGCACCCCGUUUUGGAUGGCACCCGAAGUCAUCAAGCAGUCAGCCUAUGACUUCAAGGCAGACAUUUGGUCCCUUGGAAUUACUGCCAUUGAACUGGCAAAGGGAGAGCCUCCAAAUUCUGAUCUACAUCCUAUGAGAGUACUUUUCCUGAUCCCCAAAAACAACCCUCCAACGCUGGAAGGUCACCAUAGUAAGCCCUUUAAGGAAUUUGUGGAAGCCUGCCUUAAUAAAGACCCUCGGUUUAGGCCCACUGCAAAAGAGUUACUAAAGCACAAAUUCAUCACACGUUAUACCAAAAAAACAUCAUUUCUCAUGGAGCUCAUUGACCGGUACAAACGUUGGAAAUCUGAAGGACAUGGCGAAGAUUCCAGUUCUGAUGACUCUGACAUUGAUGGAGAUGCUGAUGAGAGAGAUCAAGGACCCAUAUGGACUUUUCCACCAACUAUUCGCUCCAGUUCCUUGAACAAACUGCACAAAGGGAUGCCGCAUCAUGGAUCCCAGAAGCCUCCUGAGCCCAUCAAGCGGCAGCCAAGGUCUCAGUGCCUCUCUACUCUCGUUCGCCCUGUCUUUGGGGAGCUCAAAGACAAGCACAAGCAGACUGGAGGCAAUGUAGGAGCCAUGGAAGAACUGGAGAAUGCCUUUAGCUUAGCUGAAGAGUCUUGUCCAGGCAUCUCUGACAAACUAAUUGCACACAUGGUGGACCGUGUACAAAGGUUCUCACACAGCAGGAACCACAUGACUUCUGCACGCUGAUGAGCCUGUAAUUCACUGAAGGAAGGAUGCUUUCCCCCCAACUCCAUAAGAACUGCAUCUUGAAUCCACCACCAUCUGCUGUUGGAUGUUAACAUUGUGCUAUGGAUUCUCAACCAUUUCAGAACCUUCAUCUGUGUAUUUCAUGACCAUCCAGAAUGGGAUUUGCAACACACAUGUAUCCCAUGACUUUUUUGCAGAGCCUAGAGGGACAGUUUCUAUAGUGUACUUUAUGAAGGUUUAUUAUAUCCAGUUUCUCUCAGGUCAGACCUUGUUGAAAAGCAAAAUCCUGACUGCUGGAAAAAUGGAAAUUCUUAGACAUAAUUCACUCCAAAAGGGAAAAAAUAGGUCUGUAGCAGCUUGUGGCUCUGGCCAGAGGUGAAGUUUAUGGGCACAUUUAUUGGAAUUCAUGUUGGUACUGCUCAGGAGAGGUUUGCUCAGAUUUCCUUUUCAGUUAACAGAAUAAAAAGAUCUCUGCCUAGCAGUUCCCGGGAUGGGUGAAGGCUUUUGCCUCCUCCUGUCUUCUUUCCCCUUUGUGAGUUAGGUUUGUUGACUGCUACUGUACUUUACACUCGCCCUUUUCUCAGGGGCUACAGCUUAGAGAUGUUUCUGAUCUAGCAAAGACUCUUGCUGUCAACUUGGGUGUGAAAACUAGGUAUCAUGGCUACACACACUCUGGUAAAGUAUGUGAAGUGGAUAUUAUGCACUUGCUAAAGGAAGAGUGAAGCUCAACACUUUACAACUCGUAAGGGCUUAGGAGGAGGUUGGGGAUCUACCCAAACUCUUCUGGACUGCUACUCUGUGAAAUCUGACAAGUUUCAGUUAAACUGAAGUGUAUGGUGCCAACAGAAGGGAAAUAUCCCAGUUAAUAUUUCCUGAAUGUCUCCUUUGCUUCUUUCCUCAACCGUUCACUUCUCUUGGGAUGCCUGCAGUAUAUGGUGCCCAAGAAGUUAAGGGCAUUAUCUCUUGUUCUGGCUUAAGCGCCAUCUGGCCAGCCUUAAGCAUUUGAACAGACCCUAAAUAGUUCUUCCUCUUUAAUAUUAAGUUUAAAAGCAGCAGCACAAGUUGGGAGUGGUCAUUCUGCAAUGUACCUUCCUAUCUGUGUACGCCUGUGUGGUCACAGAUUGCUAUGGAUGUCUUCUGCUGAGGAAGGCAUUGGCAUUUUUCAUCCCAUAGCUGUGACUGGAAAAGGGCUAUAUGUUCUGUAAGCCCUCUGCAUACUGUUGGAGGAAAGUGAAUGAAGAUGUUUUAUUCUUGGUACUUGUACAUCAUACAAGAAUACUAUCUUAAGAGCAAGUCUUGUUUCUGGGUAGCCAAGCAGAGAAUAUAGGUAUGAAUGAGAAGAUGGAAUUUGUACAUAAGCACACCCAUUUAUUUUUGUUGAUCAUUAUCUGCCAGGAGUGUUGCAAAGCAGAAGGACUGUUGUAGAUGCACAGACACCUGUCUGGCCUGUGAAGCUGCUACUUUGUGUUACUCAUAAAUGGUACCUUGCUUUAGCUCACACAGAUGUCACUGGUAAAACUCUCGCUGUCUCUAGUGGUCAAUGUCUUAGUUUUUCACAUGAGCAGUGAGAUGGGGAUCUGCCACUUCCAAUAAAUUGUCAA